CUCUCUAUAUAUAUAUAUAUACACACGCACAUAUACAUAUACACAUACACGUCAGAAAGACAUUGCGUCUAUAUGUUCUCUGUCAUAUUUGAUUUGUUGGGGUCCUCUUGUGUUACUCAUACAGCUUAACCACAGAGAAUACACAAGGAACAUACAUCUUCUUCUCCGACAAGAUUUUUCGCCGGAAAAAAUGAAGUUCGGGAAAGAAUUCGCGUCGCAGAUGGUGCCGGAGUGGCAAGAAGCAUACAUGGACUACGACUAUCUCAAAACGCUCCUCAAAGAAAUCAUCAGAUUCAAACACAGAACCAAUCCGCCGCCGCCGGCGUCCCAAAACGCGAAUUCCGGCGGUCUGAAACGCAAGAUGACACUCUACCGAGCGUUCAGCGGUCUGGUGUCGACUCCGAGCAGGACGUCAAGGCACAGCGGUCAGAUAAAUCCAGACAUCGAACAAGGACAGAGAGUUCCGAUCAUGGUAAACACAGUGAACGACGAGUACGAAACGGCGUUUCUGAUGGCGGCGGAGGAAGGCGGAGAGUACGAGCUCGUCUUUUUCCGGCGACUCGACGAUGAGUUCAACAAGGUGGAGAAAUUUUAUAAAGCGAAAGUGGAGGAAGUGGUGAAGGAGGCAGUGAUGCUGAACAAACAGAUGGACGCGCUGAUCGCGUUUCGGAUAAAAGUGGAGAAUCCCGAAGGAUGGCAGUGGCCGCAGAGGACGGUGGAGAUGACGCGUUUGGCGUCUGAUAUCGCCACUUCCGCGGCUGCGUUAGCGGCCUCCACGCCGGCCGGCGCUCGAACCGGCAAAGCUCCGGCUCACAUGGAGGCCAUACAGGAAGGAGGCUCGAGCAGAGCUGAUCGAUCCGACGAAGAUGACGACGAAGAGGAAAAAGAAGAAGAUGAUAGCAGAGCGAAACGAUUGUCCGGUGAACAGAAUUCGAACACUGGGAGCAGGAUGAGAGCAGUGAGGCCGACUCCGAUCGAGGUUUUGGACCGAGUAAAGAUCAACAACACCUUGGAAACUCCUCGUUCCACCAUUAAAGGUGUGCUCAGGGUCCCAAACAUGGAGGAACUCAAGUUUAGCAGAGAGAAUCUGAAGAGAGUCGAGGAGAAGCUAAAACGCGCCUUCGUCGAGUUUUACCAGAAGCUUCGGCUCCUCAAGAGCUACAGCUUUCUGAAUGUGUUGGCCUUCUCAAAGAUCUUGAAGAAGUAUGACAAGAUAACUUCGAGGAACGCCUCGAGACCUUACAUGAAAACAGUGGAUAAUUCGUUUCUUGGAAGCUCUGAAGAGGUUGUGAAGCUUAUGGAACGAGUCGAAUCUACGUUCAUAAAGCAUUUCGCGAAUGCUAACAGAACAAAAGGAAUGGGCAUUUUGAGGCCUCAAGCUAAAAGAGAGAGACAUCGGCUUACAUUCUCCACUGGUUUCUCGGCUGGAUGUGUGUUUUCACUAAUAGUGGCACUUGUUGCCAUCAUACGUACCCGAAAUAUCUUACAGGAGAAAGGGCAGGCUCGUUACAUGGAGACUAUGUUCCCUCUUUAUAGUUUAUUUGGGUUCAUUGUUCUGCAUAUGGUCGUAUAUGCCGCUAAUAUAUUCUAUUGGAGGCGGUAUCGUGUAAAUUAUUCCUUCAUAUUCGGGUUCAAGCAAGGAACUGAACUUGGGUAUAGACAAGUUCUGUUUGUGGGCUUCACUCUUGGAGUAUUUGCGCUUCUUUGUGUCCUUGGCAAUCUCGACAUGGAGAUGGAUCCCAAAACCUUAGAUUACCAAGCACUAACCGAACUUCUGCCUCUCUUCUUACUCGUUGCAAUGAUUGUAGUUUUGAUCCUGCCCUUCAACAUCUUCUAUCGCUCCAGUCGCUUUUUCUUCCUCACAUGCUUAUUUCACUGCCUUGCUGCUCCUCUCUACAAGGUAACAUUACCUGAUUUCUUCUUGGGAGAUCAGUUAACGAGUCAGGUCCAAGCACUUAGAAGCAUCGAGUUCUACAUCUGCUACUAUGGUUGGGGAGACUACAAACAUAGAAGAAACACUUGCAAAGACUCCAGUGUCUACCAGACUUUCUUCUUCAUCAUUGCAGUCAUCCCAUAUGUAGCUCGUCUUCUUCAGUGCCUACGACGACUGUUUGAGGAGAAAAACCCAGAACAAGGGUACAACGGCCUCAAGUACUUCUUGACAAUUGUUGCAGUUUGCUUGAGGACAGCUUACAGUAUACAAAAAGGUAACGUUGCAUGGAGAGUGCUGGCUGGAAUUUUCUCAGCAGCUGCUGCCAUAUUCUGUACUUACUGGGAUUUCGUCCACGACUGGGGACUUCUGAACCGAACAUCCAAAAACCGUUGGUUGCGGGAUAAACUCCUCGUUCCCCAUAAGAAAGUAUACUUCAUUGCAAUGAUUUUGAAUGUGCUUCUAAGGUUCGCGUGGUUGCAGACGGUGUUAGAUUUCAAUUUCUCUUUUAUGCAUAGGCAAACGAUGGUAGCCGUUGUCGCCAGUCUUGAGAUCAUCCGCCGUGGCAUAUGGAAUUUCUUCAGAUUGGAGAAUGAGCAUCUGAACAAUGUAGGCAAGUACCGUGCAUUCAAGUCAGUUCCACUGCCGUUCAACUAUGACGAGGACGACGACAAAGACGACUAGUUGCUCAAUCAUGAUCAUUUUUUUUGGUGAUAUAUCUCACUUUCUUGUAAGAUUCAUUCCUCUGUUUUUGUUCCUUUUUUUCCCAUUUUUUGUAAUAAAAAAUCUCUCUUGACUGUAUUCUUGCCCUAACUUCACA